AUGCAGGCGGAGGAUGCCGUGGAGGAUCAUGUGUCAGUUGCUGUGGAGGCUGCUCAGGGGGCAAAGCUGGCGUUGUGGGACCGGCUGCCUUGCUAUGCUGAGCACUUCUGCGACGUGUCGCUGCGAAGCACUGAUGGACAAGUCUUCAAGGCACAUCGCCUCGUGCUCUCCAUGGCUUCAGACCCCUUGUUUGCCAUGCUGAGUGGCAGCUUUGCAGAAGGGCAGCAGUCGGAGGUGCCGUUCGACUACUCGAGUGAGGCGCUGAACGCCUUCCUUGAGUUCCUGUACAGAGGCACCUUCUGUGUCAAGAAGGCCAUUCUGCCAGAACUUCUCCGGCUCUGUCACCAGUGGGAGGUGCAGCCCUUGCAGACGGCGCUCAACGAGCUGCUGGUGAAGCACAUGACGCCGGAGCUCUGCUCAUCGCUGAUCGUCGACUGCGAGGUACUGCUGGUGGACAAGCUUGAUGAGAUGCUAGAAAACUAUGUGCUAGAGAACUUCGGCUCCUGCGUGCGAACAGAGCAGUUCGGCUCUUGGCCACUACACCGCAUGAUCGGAAUAUUGCGCAGUGACGAAUUGGUGGCGGAGCAUGAGGAGGAGGUGCUGGCUGCAGUGAUGCACUGGCACCGGAGUGGCCCUUCACGCGAUGAUGCAACAGCGGCGCUGCUUCAGAUGGUUCGCUUUCCCUUGCUGUCGGUGGCGGCUCUGCAAGGUCUUGGCAGCAGAGAAGGCCUAACAGGCCUUCCUGGAGUUGUUAUGUCCCGCCUAGCAGCGGCUGCGCUGAAGGUCCACCAGGGCUGUCCACAGAGUGACUGCCAGCGCUGGGACAGACCAGACAGCCACGAUGAGCAGGCUUCCUUCAUGAAGACCGUGAAGCUUCGCAACGCCUAUCCCCAUUGGUGGGCGGACUUCGGGUGUUCUGUCCGUGGUGGAGUUGUCGUGGCGGAGCGCAGCGGCAUUGACACGGAGGCGUUUUAG